GACGACAUCUGUCUUCAUUAGGAAUCUGUUUAAGAAUUCAUAGGAUUUGACAGAUCGUUGCUUGUAGCUUUAUUGUAUUUAAUAGAGAUUAGCAUCCAAAAAACUAAAUUUUAACACUGUGAUUUUAGCAGAACUGAUAAAAGACAAAGGAAAUGACUGUUUUCAAAUCACUAUAAAAUGCAGCUAUGAGCAGUAUGCAUCUGCUGCAUCUCACCUUGAGACUGUAGGCUAUUUAAAGACAUAGUGAGGAGAUAUUAAUAGAAACAGAGCACGAGGCAAUAUUUAUAGAAACCUUCAUAUGUCCAUCAGACCCAGAAGUCAUCUGGUGGUUCUGUGCAACAGGAUCUUAAUGCAUUAGAUCAAGCUGUCGCCCUUCAAUUUAAAACUAAAUAAGUUGCUGGAAAAGAAUAACAUGUUGGAUCCGUUUUCAUGUGCAAUAACUUAUCAAAUCACUAGACAUUAAUACUGAGGACUAUCGGUUAAAAUUCUGAAUUAAACAUAAAAUGGACUUUUGCAAGAGUGGAUGGUAUUAAUACUUUUUAUAUUUGUUAAAAGAAUGUGUUGCUUCGCAUUUCUUUAAAUGCAAAAGUGCAUUAUCCCUUGGCUUUAACAGAUUUGUUGGAAAAUAGGCAGGUUUAAUGUUUGCACAGUCAUUGGUUAUUGGCUACCAUGCGACUGUGUUGGCAAGGUUCACCAGGUCAACCGAAAUAUCAAGUAACACCUCCCUGAAAUAGCCCUGUCUGCACAAACAACCUACAUAAGUGUUCCUUUGAGUGAAACCCCACAUCUAAACAUUAAAAAACAAACUAGUUAGCUGAAAUAUGGCUUAUGUGGGGCCUAAAAUAAAGUGGCGCAAGCCAAAGAGCUACCGCGAAGAUGUGAUCGCCACAGCCAAGGCCACGGGUUGCGUCCUGCAGUUCUGGAACUCUUUGCUCGUGGGCGACGAGCUGACCAUCCUUAGUAUUGUGGACGACGACGAGUAUGGCUACCUUAUUGAUGCCAUUUACGACACCAGCAACAUAGAAGAAUGGAAGAACUUCCGAUUUAACUACAGAGGCCUAAGACUAUGGUCACUGACUUAUGAGCAGGAGCUGACGACGCCACUUCACAUCACAGCCAGUCGAGGUUUCACAGACUGCCUGAGACUCCUGCUGCAACGUGGGGCGAAUAUAGACAUAGCACCUAGUGGCACCACAGCCCUGCACGAGUCCUGUGAAAACUCCCAGCCAGAGUGUACCAAGCUGCUGCUGAUCCACGGUGCCAACGCCAAUGCUGUCUCAGAAGAUGGCGUCAUGCCUUUGCAUGUUUGCACAAGCCCUGAAUCCCUUGAAUGUGCCAAAUAUCUGCUUCAGUAUGGUGCAGCAAUCAGUGGUCGCAGUCUAGAUGAAGACGACACUCCUUUACACGUGGCAGCCAGGAACGGCCUCCCAGACCACAUCGAGCUCUACCUGCGCUACGGAGCCGCUGUGAACAAACAGAACGAUGAGGGUCUCACUGCCCUUAACGCUGCUUGUGCACAACCCCAGGAGUCUCAGGACCUUCAGCGUUACUUCAAGGUUUGCCAGUUGCUGCUGGGGGCAGGGGCUGACAUCCACAUUGCGGACCAGGACAAACACACUCCUUUGCACAUGGCCUGUAAGAAUGUAAAUCCAGACAUAGUGGAUCUGCUGCUGGCCCAUGGUGCUCAAGUUAACGAAAUGGACUACGGUGGUGAAGCUCCCAUGCACAACAUCCUAAAGGUGGUGUGCUUCAAGGGUUCCCAUAAUCCUGAGAGGAUUGUCCGUGCACUGCUCAACCAUGGCUCUAUCCGGGUGUGGCCCGGUGCUCUACCAAUGGUUAUAAAGCACUGCUCGGAGUCUCCACGCACUAUCGAGGUUCUCCUGAACGCCUACAGCCACCUCAGAGUCACAGACACCUGGGCUGAGGCUGUGCCUGAACAGGCGUUUAAGGAGCACAAAGAGUUCUUCGAGUCGAUCCUCUCCUUGGCAAUGACUCCUCGCUCCCUGCAGCACUUGGCACGCUGUACGCUCAGGAGCUUCCUGAGUGGCCGAGUGCACAAGGUGGUCCCAAAACUGGAUCUGCCCACCUUCAUCAAGAACUACCUGCUCCUGGAGUACAGAGGAUUUGUCCACUGAAAGUACUUUGUGUGGUUUAAGUCAGUGAGAAGCCUGAUUAUGAUGAGAGUGCUGCAAAAUGAGGGGUUAAAAAUACAAAGUAUCAUGAAUGAUGAAGUGCAGCAGUAUUUACUAAACAUUUAGGACAUUUUCUGCCACACAUAAGCUUUUCAGAAGCAGUUGCUUGCCUUCUGUUACUUUUAUUGUGUCCGUGUUUCAGCACAGUAACGUGUUUGAAUUUGCACCACAAGAGGGAGCUAUAGACUAGAGUUGAUGAAGUAUAUAGGAGGUAAGCAGCUGUGUGUUUUAUAUUGUUUUUAAUUUUUUGAUGAUUUAUUUUCUUUUUUUUUUUACUUCUGCACUUGAUGUUAAAGAGGCUUCUAAUUUUAUACAUAUUAUUUGUCACGUUGAUGAUAAUACGCUCAAUAUUUUUGUGUUGUAGCUUUUAUUGUGGAUUCCCAGCAAAUAUUUGCAUAAACAAUGUUUCCCAUCGAUAACAUUUGGAGAUUUAUGUCAAAGUUAGGCUUGAUGAAAAUAAAAUAAAAAUAUUCCACCAUGG